AUGGAUUUUUUGUCAGCCUUGUUUGAGCGCCUUUCUUUCACCCAACAAACGGUUGACGCUCCCGCAAACGGAGAAGCCGAAGAUGAAUGCGAAGAAUACAUCGAAGAGGAAGAGGUCAUAAUGGAAGGCGGGUUCGAUGAGCAGAAACGACCAUAC